AGGCAGGCUGUUCGGUGGUUUUUACCAGCCCUCCAGAAGAUGGGUAAAGGUGGUGGGACACGAAUACCACUAUGGAUAUCAAUACUAGCCCUGGUCUUCAUACAGAUCAAAGUUCAAGCCCAGGGUGGUGAACAACCAACAAAGUCAGAGUAUGUUUCUCCAUCUCUCCUGCAGCGACAAAAAUCUCUCAAAUCCCAAGGAGUGACAAUCAUUCCACCCUUUCAAAACUCACUGAAAGUAAAAGCUGGCAACCCCUAUCACAAUGGCCGUGUUUGCAGCACAUGGGGUAACUUCCACUUCAAGACCUUUGAUGGGGACAUCUUUUACUUCCCUGGGGUCUGCAAUUACAUCUUUGCAUCCAACUGCAAGUCUUCCUAUGAGGACUUCAACAUCCAGAUUAGGCGUGCAAUGGUGGAAAAUGCUACUGUGAUCACUCACGUCAUCAUGAAGCUGGAAGGAGUAGUGAUCGAACUGACCCCCAGCUCUGUCCAGCUCGACAACCAGCUGAUCCAGAUGCCCUACAGCCAUAUGGGAGUCUUUAUAGAGAGAAGUAACAACUAUUUGAAAGUUUCUGCCAAGUUGGGACUGACCUUCCUUUGGAAUGGACAAGAUGCCCUUCUGGUGGAACUAGAUAAGAAAUAUGCCAAUCAAACUUGUGGACUUUGUGGGGACUUCAAUGGAAUUCCAGUCAGCAAUGAAUUUAUUUCAGGGAAGACAAAACUGACCCCCAUACAGUUUGGUAAUAGACAGAAGAUAGAUGGACCCACAGAGCAGUGUGAUGAUCCUAUUCCUCCUACUUCUCUGAUGAACUGCUCAAGAGAAUUUGCCUCUAUCUGUGAGACAGUAUUAACCAGCAAAGCAUUUACAAGUUGUAACAUGCUUGUGAAUGUCCAGGACUACAUUGAAACUUGCAUACAAGACCUGUGCCACUGUGACAGCUCUAUGGCUGACUUCUGCAUGUGCAACACCUUUGCUGAGUACUCCCGGCAGUGUGCUCAUGCAGGUGGACAGCCCCAGAACUGGAGAACCUCUGACCUGUGCCCCAAAUCAUGUCCAUUCAACAUGCAAUACCAUGAGUGUGGCUCUCCCUGCUCCGACACGUGCAGCAACCCGGAACGAUCUGCACUUUGUGAAGAUCACUGUACAGAUGGCUGUGUCUGUCCUCCAGGAAUGGUAUUUGAUGAUGUUAAUGGUGCCGGCUGCAUUCCCCGCAGAGAAUGCCACUGUACCUAUGAAGGGGAAACUUAUGCUCCUGGUGCCUCCUUCUCAUCUAAAUGCAGAUCAUGUACCUGUGUUGGAGGUGAAUGGUCUUGUGUCACUCAGUCGUGCCCUGGGACUUGCAGUAUUGGAGGAGGUUCCCACAUUUCAACAUUUGAUGAGAAAUACUAUUCCUUCUUUGGAGACUGUAGUUAUGUCCUAACCAAGCUCUGUGACAGCAAUGAAUUCACAGUGUUGGGGGAUAUCCACAAGUGUGGCCUGACUGACACUGAGACAUGCCUCAAGGGUGUAGCCAUCAGCCUAAACGGAGGACAAACGAACAUUGUGAUCCAGCCUUCUGGGAGUGUAUUUGUGAAUAUGAUCUACACACAGUUGCCAUUCUCAGCAGCAAACGUCACCAUCUUCAGGCCUUCAUCUUUCUUCAUAAUUCUGCAAACAACUUUUGGUCUUCAGCUACAGGUUCAACUUGUGCCUUUAAUGCAAAUUUUUAUAGACUUAGACCCAUCACAUAAAGGGCAGACCUGUGGUCUCUGUGGAAACUUCAAUGAUGUACAGACAGAUGAUUUCAAAACCACCAGUGGUGUGAUAGAGGGCACUUCAGCUGCCUUUGGCAAUACUUGGAAGACUCGGGCUGAUUGUCCUGAUGCCAAAAAUACCUUUGAGGACCCCUGUACUGUCAGCAUACAGAAUGACCAGUAUGCUCAGCACUGGUGUGGACUGCUCUCUGAUACCAUGGGACCUUUUGCUGAAUGUCACUCAACAGUGAAUCCAGAAGUUUACCAAAAGACCUGUAUGUUUGACACAUGUAACUGUGAGAAGAGUGAGGACUGCAUGUGUGCUGCCCUUUCCAGCUAUGUCAGAGCCUGUGCUGCUAAAGGAGUUCUUCUCACUGGAUGGAGGAGCAGAGCCUGCACAAAAUACACCACCUUGUGUCCGAAGUCCUUGAAGUACACCUACAAUGUUGAUUCCUGCCAACCCACCUGCCGCGCUCUGAGUGAGCCUGAUGUCACAUGCAGCAUCAAGUUUGUCCCAGUUGAUGGCUGUACCUGCAUAAAUGGAACCUACAUGGAUGACAGUGGCAAAUGUGUGCCUGCUUCUGGCUGUCCUUGUUACUACAAAGGAAUGCCUCUGUCUUCUGGAGAAGUUGUUCAUGAUAAUGGUGUUGUCUGCACUUGUGCCUAUGGGAAGCUGAGCUGCAUUGGAGAAAAGCCUGAACCAGUCUGUGUGCCUCCCAUGGUUUAUGUUGACUGUGGCAAUGUCACUGCAAAUGUGGUAGGAGCAGGAUGUCAGAAGAGCUGUCAGACUCUAGAUAUGGAAUGUUACAAAACUCACUGUGUCUCUGGCUGUGUAUGUCCACAUGAUCAAGUGUCGGAUGGCAAAGGUGGCUGUAUUGCUCCAGAAGACUGUCCAUGUAUUCACAAUGAGAUUUCCUACAGUCCAGGAGAAUCAAUCAGAGUUGGCUGUAACAACUGCACAUGUAGAAACAGAAAAUGGCAAUGCUCUGAGGAACCCUGCCUGGAAACAUGUUCUGUUUAUGGAGAUGGGCAUUAUACCACCUUUGAUGGCAAACGCUUUGAUUUUGAAGGAGACUGUGAAUAUGUUCUGGUCCAGAACUACUGUGGUCAACAAGCUAUGAACCAGGGAACCUUCAGAGUCAUCACUGAGAACAUUCCAUGUGGCACUACAGGAACUACCUGCUCUAAGUCUAUUAAAGUUUUCCUGGGUAACUAUGAGUUGGUACUCAGUGAUGGACGCUCUGAUGUCAUCCAGAGGACACCUGGAGGAAAAAUGCCAUUCCAAAUCCGUUCCAUGGGCAUCUACCUGGUGGUGGAUACUACUGUUGGUCUGAUACUCAUGUGGGACAAGAAAACCAGUAUAUUCAUCAAACUCAGUCCCAGCUUUCAGGGCCAUGUCUGUGGACUUUGUGGAAACUAUGAUGGGAAUGGAAAUAAUGACUUCACUACUCGCAGUCAGUCUGUGGUUGGAAAUGUGAUGGAGUUUGCCAAUAGCUGGAAAGUAUCUUCUAGUUGUCCAAAUGCCAAUCGUACGCAGGAUCCCUGCACUGCAAACCCAUACAGGAAAGCCUGGGCACAGAAGCAAUGCAGCAUCAUCACUAGUGAAGUGUUUGCAAAGUGUCACUCACAGGUUGAACCAAAUGAAUAUUACCAAGCAUGUGUGGAUGAUGCAUGUGCCUGUGACACUGGAGGAGACUGUGAAUGUUUCUGCACAGCAGUAGCUGCCUACGCUCAAGCAUGUAAUGAGCUAGACAUCUGCAUAUCAUGGAGAACCCCAGCCAUUUGUCCGCUCUUCUGUGAUUACUAUAAUCCACAAGGGGAAUGUGAGUGGCACUACAAGCCAUGUGGAGCACCUUGUAUGAAGACCUGCGAUAAUCCAAGUGGGAGAUGCCUCCAUGAGAUGAGGGGUUUGGAAGGUUGCUAUCCACAAUGUCCAAAGAAUAAGCCCUAUUUUGAUGAGGAAACCAUGACCUGUGUUUCUUAUUGUGGUUGUUAUGAAGAUGGAAAAAAUUACAAACCAGGAAUGGAGAUGCCUUCAAAGCAGAAUUGUGAAUCAUGCGAAUGUACAAUUCAUGGCAAAAAAUGCAGAUAUGAUGAACAUGAAUGUGUCUGCAUUUAUGAGGGGCAGAAAUACAACUACGGAGACGUGGUCUACAACACUACAGAUGGCACAGGAUGGUGUAUUGUCGCGACCUGCGGUCCCAAUGGAACACUUCAAAGGUUCAUGCAUGAAUGUCUAACCUCAACAUCACCCACAACAGCAACGACAUUUCACUUCAGCUCUACACCACCUACCACUACUUCCACAGUGUCACCAACUACAUCAGUAUGUGUUCAUGAAGUCUGUAAGUGGUCUGAGUGGUAUGACGGGAGUCUACAAAUCCCUGGCUAUGAUGGGGGAGAUUUUGAAACUUUUGAUGAUUUACGAGCAAAAGGUUAUGAAGUUUGUAACGCCCCAAAGGCUGUUGAAUGCAGAGCAGAAAAGUUCCCUGAUAUACCACUGAAAGACCUUGGCCAAAAAGUAGAAUGCAGUACAACACAAGGGCUUAUAUGUUACAACAAGGAUCAAAUUUCAACAAUGUGCAACAACUAUGAAAUCAGAAUCCUCUGCUGUGUUUUUGUACCAUGCUCUGCCACAACGCCUUUCAGCACAUCAACCCCAGUAACAACUCCAAUUCUGACAGAAGCAUCUACUGAAACAACAUAUUCAGUUACGACUGAAAGUACAACAUUAAUACCUUCACCUACGGAAGAAACAACUAGAACAACAACACCUGCCACCACAUCUCCUUCAACAACUCCUCUUUGCUUCAAAGAAAAAUGUCACUGGUCAAGAUGGUAUGAUGUCAGUUAUCCAGGGUCAGGUUACGAUGAUGGAGAUUUUGAUACCAUUGAGAACAUUGAAAAAAACGGAUACAAAGUCUGCAACAAUAGAAAGAACGUGGAAUGCAGAGCAGUACGGUUCCCAAACACACCAUAUCCUUUACUGGAGCAAAACAUAACAUGUAACACAGAAGAAGGGUUGAUAUGUUACAAUAAAGAUCAACUGCCACCAAUAUGCUAUAAUUAUGAAUUAAGAUUUAAAUGCUGCGUAAACAUACCAGUGCCGUGUGAAACAACCUCGGAAAUUCUGACUACAACAACACAACCAACUACUAUUCUAUCAAGUACAAUUUCAACGCAAGAACCAACGACUCUAAGUUUACAAACAAAACACAGGACAACAACUGAAUACACAGUAGAACCAAAAACAGAUUAUAUACACACCAGAAUAACGCCAAAACCAACGACGCAAACUCAAACACGAACUACAACCACCCCCUGUGAGCCCGAAGUGUGCACCUGGAGCGAGUGGUUCGACGUCGACUUCCCCUCCUCGGGGCCCAACCAGGGAGACUUCGAAACCUACCAGCACAUCCGCGCCGCCGGCAAGCAGGUCUGCCGGCAGCCAAAGCAGAUCGAGUGCCGGGCGGAGGACUACCCCGAUGUAGCCAUCCAACACGUGGGACAGGUCGUGCAGUGCGACGUCCACUUUGGACUGGUGUGCAAGAACAGGGACCAGACGGGCAAAUUCAAGAUGUGCCUCAACUACAAGAUCCGCGUGCUCUGCUGCACCCCCAACUACAACUGCUCGCUCCCUCUCCCCGUGAUAACAACCAGCCCCACCACCAGCACCAGCACCACGUCGAUCCCGUCCUCCACAACAGUGACCACCUCCACCUCCACGCCCUACAUCUCCACCACCACGAGUCCCACCUCCACAGAAAUCAGCACUUCCACCAGCACCUCCAUCCCCACGCCGAUGACGUCUACGACGACUUCCUUCACCACCCCCUGUGAGCCCGAAGUGUGCACCUGGAGCGAGUGGUUCGACGUCGACUUCCCCUCCUCGGGGCCCAACCAGGGAGACUUCGAAACCUACCAGCACAUCCGCGCCGCCGGCAAGCAGGUCUGCCGGCAGCCAAAGCAGAUCGAGUGCCGGGCGGAGGACUACCCCGAUGUAGCCAUCCAACACGUGGGACAGGUCGUGCAGUGCGACGUCCACUUUGGACUGGUGUGCAAGAACGGGGACCAGACGGGCAAAUUCAAGAUGUGCCUCAACUACAAGAUCCGCGUGCUCUGCUGCACCCCCAACUACAACUGCUCGCUCCCUCUCCCCGUGAUAACAACCAGCCCCACCACCAGCACCAGCACCACGUCGAUCCCGUCCUCCACAACAGUGACCACCUCCACCUCCACGCCCUACAUCUCCACCACCACGAGUCCCACCUCCACAGAAAUCAGCACUUCCACCAGCACCUCCAUCCCCACGCCGAUGACGUCUACGACGACUUCCUUCACCACCCCCUGUGAGCCCGAAGUGUGCACCUGGAGCGAGUGGUUCGACGUCGACUUCCCCUCCUCGGGGCCCAACCAGGGAGACUUCGAAACCUACCAGCACAUCCGCGCCGCCGGCAAGCAGGUCUGCCGGCAGCCAAAGCAGAUCGAGUGCCGGGCGGAGGACUACCCCGAUGUAGCCAUCCAACACGUGGGACAGGUCGUGCAGUGCGACGUCCACUUUGGACUGGUGUGCAAGAACGGGGACCAGACGGGCAAAUUCAAGAUGUGCCUCAACUACAAGAUCCGCGUGCUCUGCUGCACCCCCAACUACAACUGCUCGCUCCCGCUCCCCGUGAUAACAACCAGCCCCACCACCAGCACCAGCACCACGUCGAUCCCGUCCUCCACAACAGUGACCACCUCCACCUCCACGCCCUACAUCUCCACCACCACGAGUCCCACCUCCACAGAAAUCAGCACUUCCACCAGCACCUCCAUCCCCACGCCGAUGACGUCUACGACGACUUCCUUCACCACCCCCUGUGAGCCCGAAGUGUGCACCUGGAGCGAGUGGUUCGACGUCGACUUCCCCUCCUCGGGGCCCAACCAGGGAGACUUCGAAACCUACCAGCACAUCCGCGCCGCCGGCAAGCAGGUCUGCCGGCAGCCAAAGCAGAUCGAGUGCCGGGCGGAGGACUACCCCGAUGUAGCCAUCCAACACGUGGGACAGGUCGUGCAGUGCGACGUCCACUUUGGACUGGUGUGCAAGAACGGGGACCAGACGGGCAAAUUCAAGAUGUGCCUCAACUACAAGAUCCGCGUGCUCUGCUGCACCCCCAACUACAACUGCUCGCUCCCGCUCCCCGUGAUAACAACCAGCCCCACCACCAGCACCAGCACCACGUCGAUCCCGUCCUCCACAACAGUGACCACCUCCACCUCCACGCCCUACAUCUCCACCACCACGAGUCCCACCUCCACAGAAAUCAGCACUUCCACCAGCACCUCCAUCCCCACGCCGAUGACGUCUACGACGACUUCCUUCACCACCCCCUGUGAGCCCGAAGUGUGCACCUGGAGCGAGUGGUUCGACGUCGACUUCCCCUCCUCGGGGCCCAACCAGGGAGACUUCGAAACCUACCAGCACAUCCGCGCCGCCGGCAAGCAGGUCUGCCGGCAGCCAAAGCAGAUCGAGUGCCGGGCGGAGGACUACCCCGAUGUAGCCAUCCAACACGUGGGACAGGUCGUGCAGUGCGACGUCCACUUUGGACUGGUGUGCAAGAACGGGGACCAGACGGGCAAAUUCAAGAUGUGCCUCAACUACAAGAUCCGCGUGCUCUGCUGCACCCCCAACUACAACUGCUCACUCCCGCUCCCCGUGAUAACAACCAGCCCCACCACCAGCACCAGCACCACGUCGAUCCCGUCCUCCACAACAGUGACCACCUCCACCUCCACGCCCUACAUCUCCACCACCACGAGUCCCACCUCCACAGAAAUCAGCACUUCCACCAGCACCUCCAUCCCCACGCCGAUGACGUCUACGACGACUUCCUUCACCACCCCCUGUGAGCCCGAAGUGUGCACCUGGAGCGAGUGGUUCGACGUCGACUUCCCCUCCUCGGGGCCCAACCAGGGAGACUUCGAAACCUACCAGCACAUCCGCGCCGCCGGCAAGCAGGUCUGCCGGCAGCCAAAGCAGAUCGAGUGCCGGGCGGAGGACUACCCCGAUGUAGCCAUCCAACACGUGGGACAGGUCGUGCAGUGCGACGUCCACUUUGGACUGGUGUGCAAGAACGGGGACCAGACGGGCAAAUUCAAGAUGUGCCUCAACUACAAGAUCCGCGUGCUCUGCUGCACCCCCAACUACAACUGCUCACUCCCGCUCCCCGUGAUAACAACCAGCCCCACCACCAGCACCAGCACCACGUCGAUCCCAUCCUCCACAACAGUGACCACCUCCACCUCCACGCCCUACAUCUCCACCACCACGAGUCCCACCUCCACAGAAAUCAGCACUUCCACCAGCACCACCAUCCCCACGCCGAUGACGUCUACGACGACUUCCUUCACCACCCCCUGUGAGCCCGAAGUGUGCACCUGGAGCGAGUGGUUCGACGUCGACUUCCCCUCCUCGGGGCCCAACCAGGGAGACUUCGAAACCUACCAGCACAUCCGCGCCGCCGGCAAGCAGGUCUGCCGGCAGCCAAAGCAGAUCGAGUGCCGGGCGGAGGACUACCCCGAUGUAGCCAUCCAACACGUGGGACAGGUCGUGCAGUGCGACGUCCACUUUGGACUGGUGUGCAAGAACGGGGACCAGACGGGCAAAUUCAAGAUGUGCCUCAACUACAAGAUCCGCGUGCUCUGCUGCACCCCCAACUACAACUGCUCGCUCCCGCUCCCCGUGAUAACAACCAGCCCCACCACCAGCACCAGCACCACGUCGAUCCCGUCCUCCACAACAGUGACCACCUCCACCUCCAUGCCCUACAUCUCCACCACCACGAGUCCCACCUCCACAGAAAUCAGCACUUCCACCAGCACCUCCAUCCCCACGCCGAUGACGUCUACGACGACUUCCUUCACCACCCCCUGUGAGCCCGAAGUGUGCACCUGGAGCGAGUGGUUCGACGUCGACUUCCCCUCCUCGGGGCCCAACCAGGGAGACUUCGAAACCUACCAGCACAUCCGCGCCGCCGGCAAGCAGGUCUGCCGGCAGCCAAAGCAGAUCGAGUGCCGGGCGGAGGACUACCCCGAUGUAGCCAUCCAACACGUGGGACAGGUCGUGCAGUGCGACGUCCACUUUGGACUGGUGUGCAAGAAUGGGGACCAGACGGGCAAAUUCAAGAUGUGCCUCAACUACAAGAUCCGCGUGCUCUGCUGCACCCCCAACUACAACUGCUCACUCCCGCUCCCCGUGAUAACAACCAGCCCCACCACCAGCACCAGCACCACGUCGAUCCCGUCCUCCACAACAGUGACCACCUCCACCUCCACGUCCUACAUCUCCACCACCACGAGUCCCACCUCCACAGAAAUCAGCACUUCCACCAGCACCUCCAUCCCCACGCCGAUGACGUCUACGACGACUUCCUUCACCACCCCCUGUGAGCCCGAAGUGUGCACCUGGAGCGAGUGGUUCGACGUCGACUUCCCCUCCUCGGGGCCCAACCAGGGAGACUUCGAAACCUACCAGCACAUCCGCGCCGCCGGCAAGCAGGUCUGCCGGCAGCCAAAGCAGAUCGAGUGCCGGGCGGAGGACUACCCCGAUGUAGCCAUCCAACACGUGGGACAGGUCGUGCAGUGCGACGUCCACUUUGGACUGGUGUGCAAGAACGGGGACCAGACGGGCAAAUUCAAGAUGUGCCUCAACUACAAGAUCCGCGUGCUCUGCUGCACCCCCAACUACAACUGCUCACUCCCGCUCCCCGUGAUAACAACCAGCCCCACCACCAGCACCAGCACCACGUCGAUCCCGUCCUCCACAACAGUGACCACCUCCACCUCCACGCCCUACAUCUCCACCACCACGAGUCCCACCUCCACAGAAAUCAGCACUUCCACCAGCACCUCCAUCCCCACGCCGAUGACAUCUACGACGACUUCCUUCACCACCCCCUGUGAGCCCGAAGUGUGCACCUGGAGCGAGUGGUUCGACGUCGACUUCCCCUCCUCGGGGCCCAACCAGGGAGACUUCGAAACCUACCAGCACAUCCGCGCCGCCGGCAAGCAGGUCUGCCGGCAGCCAAAGCAGAUCGAGUGCCGGGCGGAGGACUACCCCGAUGUAGCCAUCCAACACGUGGGACAGGUCGUGCAGUGCGACGUCCACUUUGGACUGGUGUGCAAGAACGGGGACCAGACGGGCAAAUUCAAGAUGUGCCUCAACUACAAGAUCCGCGUGCUCUGCUGCACCCCCAACUACAACUGCUCACUCCCGCUCCCCGUGAUAACAACCAGCCCCACCACCAGCACCAGCACCACGUCGAUCCCGUCCUCCACAACAGUGACCACCUCCACCUCCACGCCCUACAUCUCCACCACCACGAGUCCCACCUCCACAGAAAUCAGCACUUCCACCAGCACCUCCAUCCCCACGCCGAUGACGUCUACGACGACUUCCUUCACCACCCCCUGUGAGCCCGAAGUGUGCACCUGGAGCGAGUGGUUCGACGUCGACUUCCCCUCCUCGGGGCCCAACCAGGGAGACUUCGAAACCUACCAGCACAUCCGCGCCGCCGGCAAGCAGGUCUGCCGGCAGCCAAAGCAGAUCGAGUGCCGGGCGGAGGACUACCCCGAUGUAGCCAUCCAACACGUGGGACAGGUCGUGCAGUGCGACGUCCACUUUGGACUGGUGUGCAAGAACGGGGACCAGACGGGCAAAUUCAAGAUGUGCCUCAACUACAAGAUCCGCGUGCUCUGCUGCACCCCCAACUACAACUGCUCACUCCCUCUCCCCGUGAUAACAACCAGCCCCACCACCAGCACCAGCACCACGUCGAUCCCGUCCUCCACAACAGUGACCACCUCCACCUCCACGCCCUACAUCUCCACCACCACGAGUCCCACCUCCACAGAAAUCAGCACUUCCACCAGCACCUCCAUCCCCACGCCGAUGACGUCUACGACGACUUCCUUCACCACCCCCUGUGAGCCCGAAGUGUGCACCUGGAGCGAGUGGUUUGACGUCGACUUCCCCUCCUCGGGGCCCAACCAGGGAGACUUCGAAACCUACCAGCACAUCCGCGCCGCCGGCAAGCAGGUCUGCCGGCAGCCAAAGCAGAUCGAGUGCCGGGCGGAGGACUACCCCGAUGUAGCCAUCCAACACGUGGGACAGGUCGUGCAGUGCGACGUCCACUUUGGACUGGUGUGCAAGAACGGGGACCAGACGGGCAAAUUCAAGAUGUGCCUCAACUACAAGAUCCGCGUGCUCUGCUGCACCCCCAACUACAACUGCUCGCUCCCUCUCCCCGUGAUAACAACCAGCCCCACCACCAGCACCAGCACCACGUCGAUCCCGUCCUCCACAACAGUGACCACCUCCACCUCCACGCCCUACAUCUCCACCACCACGAGUCCCACCUCCACAGAAAUCAGCACUUCCACCAGCACCUCCAUCCCCACGCCGAUGACGUCUACGACGACUUCCUUCACCACCCCCUGUGAGCCCGAAGUGUGCACCUGGAGCGAGUGGUUCGACGUCGACUUCCCCUCCUCGGGGCCCAACCAGGGAGACUUCGAAACCUACCAGCACAUCCGCGCCGCCGGCAAGCAGGUCUGCCGGCAGCCAAAGCAGAUCGAGUGCCGGGCGGAGGACUACCCCGAUGUAGCCAUCCAACACGUGGGACAGGUCGUGCAGUGCGACGUCCACUUUGGACUGGUGUGCAAGAACGGGGACCAGACGGGCAAAUUCAAGAUGUGCCUCAACUACAAGAUCCGCGUGCUCUGCUGCACCCCCAACUACAACUGCUCACUCCCGCUCCCCGUGAUAACAACCAGCCCCACCACCAGCACCAGCACCACGUCGAUCCCGUCCUCCACAACAGUGACCACCUCCACCUCCACGCCCUACAUCUCCACCACCACGAGUCCCACCUCCACAGAAAUCAGCACUUCCACCAGCACCUCCAUCCCCACGCCGAUGACGUCUACGACGACUUCCUUCACCACCCCCUGUGAGCCCGAAGUGUGCACCUGGAGCGAGUGGUUCGACGUCGACUUCCCCUCCUCGGGGCCCAACCAGGGAGACUUCGAAACCUACCAGCACAUCCGCGCCGCCGGCAAGCAGGUCUGCCGGCAGCCAAAGCAGAUCGAGUGCCGGGCGGAGGACUACCCCGAUGUAGCCAUCCAACACGUGGGACAGGUCGUGCAGUGCGACGUCCACUUUGGACUGGUGUGCAAGAACGGGGACCAGACGGGCAAAUUCAAGAUGUGCCUCAACUACAAGAUCCGCGUGCUCUGCUGCACCCCCAACUACAACUGCUCACUCCCGCUCCCUGUGAUAACAACCAGCCCCACCACCAGCACCAGCACCACGUCGAUCCCGUCCUCCACAACAGUGACCACCUCCACCUCCACGCCCUACAUCUCCACCACCACGAGUCCCACCUCCACAGAAAUCAGCACUUCCACCAGCACCUCCAUCCCCACGCCGAUGACGUCUACGACGACUUCCUUCACCACCCCCUGUGAGCCCGAAGUGUGCACCUGGAGCGAGUGGUUCGACGUCGACUUCCCCUCCUCGGGGCCCAACCAGGGAGACUUCGAAACCUACCAGCACAUCCGCGCCGCCGGCAAGCAGGUCUGCCGGCAGCCAAAGCAGAUCGAGUGCCGGGCGGAGGACUACCCCGAUGUAGCCAUCCAACACGUGGGACAGGUCGUGCAGUGCGACGUCCACUUUGGACUGGUGUGCAAGAAUGGGGACCAGACGGGCAAAUUCAAGAUGUGCCUCAACUACAAGAUCCGCGUGCUCUGCUGCACCCCCAACUACAACUGCUCACUCCCGCUCCCCGUGAUAACAACCAGCCCCACCACCAGCACCAGCACCACGUCGAUCCCGUCCUCCACAACAGUGACCACCUCCACCUCCACGCCCUACAUCUCCACCACCACGAGUCCCACCUCCACAGAAAUCAGCACUUCCACCAGCACCUCCAUCCCCACGCCGAUGACGUCUACGACGACUUCCUUCACCACCCCCUGUGAGCCCGAAGUGUGCACCUGGAGCGAGUGGUUCGACGUCGACUUCCCCUCCUCGGGGCCCAACCAGGGAGACUUCGAAACCUACCAGCACAUCCGCGCCGCCGGCAAGCAGGUCUGCCGGCAGCCAAAGCAGAUCGAGUGCCGGGCGGAGGACUACCCCGAUGUAGCCAUCCAACACGUGGGACAGGUCGUGCAGUGCGACGUCCACUUUGGACUGGUGUGCAAGAACGGGGACCAGACGGGCAAAUUCAAGAUGUGCCUCAACUACAAGAUCCGCGUGCUCUGCUGCACCCCCAACUACAACUGCUCGCUCCCUCUCCCCGUGAUAACAACCAGCCCCACCACCAGCACCAGCACCACGUCGAUCCCGUCCUCCACAACAGUGACCACCUCCACCUCCACGCCCUACAUCUCCACCACCACGAGUCCCACCUCCACAGAAAUCAGCACUUCCACCAGCACCUCCAUCCCCACGCCGAUGACGUCUACGACGACUUCCUUCACCACCCCCUGUGAGCCCGAAGUGUGCACCUGGAGCGAGUGGUUCGACGUCGACUUCCCCUCCUCGGGGCCCAACCAGGGAGACUUCGAAACCUACCAGCACAUCCGCGCCGCCGGCAAGCAGGUCUGCCGGCAGCCAAAGCAGAUCGAGUGCCGGGCGGAGGACUACCCCGAUGUAGCCAUCCAACACGUGGGACAGGUCGUGCAGUGCGACGUCCACUUUGGACUGGUGUGCAAGAACGGGGACCAGACGGGCAAAUUCAAGAUGUGCCUCAACUACAAGAUCCGCGUGCUCUGCUGCACCCCCAACUACAACUGCUCACUCCCGCUCCCCGUGAUAACAACCAGCCCCACCACCAGCACCAGCACCACGUCGAUCCCGUCCUCCACAACAGUGACCACCUCCACCUCCACGCCCUACAUCUCCACCACCACGAGUCCCACCUCCACAGAAAUCAGCACUUCCACCAGCACCACCAUCCCCACGCCGAUGACGUCUACGACAACUUCCUUCACCACCCCCUGUGAGCCCGAAGUGUGCACCUGGAGCGAGUGGUUCGACGUCGACUUCCCCUCCUCGGGGCCCAACCAGGGAGACUUCGAAACCUACCAGCACAUCCGCGCCGCCGGCAAGCAGGUCUGCCGGCAGCCAAAGCAGAUCGAGUGCCGGGCGGAGGACUACCCCGAUGUAGCCAUCCAACACGUGGGACAGGUCGUGCAGUGCGACGUCCACUUUGGACUGGUGUGCAAGAACGGGGACCAGACGGGCAAAUUCAAGAUGUGCCUCAACUACAAGAUCCGCGUGCUCUGCUGCACCCCCAACUACAACUGCUCGCUCCCGCUCCCCGUGAUAACAACCAGCCCCACCACCAGCACCAGCACCACGUCGAUCCCGUCCUCCACAACAGUGACCACCUCCACCUCCACGCCCUACAUCUCCACCACCACGAGUCCCACCUCCACAGAAAUCAGCACUUCCACCAGCACCUCCAUCCCCACGCCGAUGACGUCUACGACGACUUCCUUCACCACCCCCUGUGAGCCCGAAGUGUGCACCUGGAGCGAGUGGUUCGACGUCGACUUCCCCUCCUCGGGGCCCAACCAGGGAGACUUCGAAACCUACCAGCACAUCCGCGCCGCCGGCAAGCAGGUCUGCCGGCAGCCAAAGCAGAUCGAGUGCCGGGCGGAGGACUACCCCGAUGUAGCCAUCCAACACGUGGGACAGGUCGUGCAGUGCGACGUCCACUUUGGACUGGUGUGCAAGAACGGGGACCAGACGGGCAAAUUCAAGAUGUGCCUCAACUACAAGAUCCGCGUGCUCUGCUGCACCCCCAACUACAACUGCUCGCUCCCGCUCCCCGUGAUAACAACCAGCCCCACCACCAGCACCAGCACCACGUCGAUCCCGUCCUCCACAACAGUGACCACCUCCACCUCCACGCCCUACAUCUCCACCACCACGAGUCCCACCUCCACAGAAAUCAGCACUUCCACCAGCACCUCCAUCCCCACACCGAUGACGUCUACGACGACUUCCUUCACCACCCCCUGUGAGCCCGAAGUGUGCACCUGGAGCGAGUGGUUCGACGUCGACUUCCCCUCCUCGGGGCCCAACCAGGGAGACUUCGAAACCUACCAGCACAUCCGCGCCGCCGGCAAGCAGGUCUGCCGGCAGCCAAAGCAGAUCGAGUGCCGGGCGGAGGACUACCCCGAUGUAGCCAUCCAACACGUGGGACAGGUCGUGCAGUGCGACGUCCACUUUGGACUGGUGUGCAAGAACGGGGACCAGACGGGCAAAUUCAAGAUGUGCCUCAACUACAAGAUCCGCGUGCUCUGCUGCACCCCCAACUACAACUGCUCACUCCCGCUCCCCGUGAUAACAACCAGCCCCACCACCAGCACCAGCACCACGUCGAUCCCGUCCUCCACAACAGUGACCACCUCCACCUCCACGCCCUACAUCUCCACCACCACGAGUCCCACCUCCACAGAAAUCAGCACUUCCACCAGCACCUCCAUCCCCACGCCGAUGACGUCUACGACGACUUCCUUCACCACCCCCUGUGAGCCCGAAGUGUGCACCUGGAGCGAGUGGUUCGACGUCGACUUCCCCUCCUCGGGGCCCAACCAGGGAGACUUCGAAACCUACCAGCACAUCCGCGCCGCCGGCAAGCAGGUCUGCCGGCAGCCAAAGCAGAUCGAGUGCCGGGCGGAGGACUACCCCGAUGUAGCCAUCCAACACGUGGGACAGGUCGUGCAGUGCGACGUCCACUUUGGACUGGUGUGCAAGAACGGGGACCAGACGGGCAAAUUCAAGAUGUGCCUCAACUACAAGAUCCGCGUGCUCUGCUGCACCCCCAACUACAACUGCUCACUCCCGCUCCCCGUGAUAACAACCAGCCCCACCACCAGCACCAGCACCACGUCGAUCCCAUCCUCCACAACAGUGACCACCUCCACCUCCACGCCCUACAUCUCCACCACCACGAGUCCCACCUCCACAGAAAUCAGCACUUCCACCAGCACCACCAUCCCCACGCCGAUGACGUCUACGACGACUUCCUUCACCACCCCCUGUGAGCCCGAAGUGUGCACCUGGAGCGAGUGGUUCGACGUCGACUUCCCCUCCUCGGGGCCCAACCAGGGAGACUUCGAAACCUACCAGCACAUCCGCGCCGCCGGCAAGCAGGUCUGCCGGCAGCCAAAGCAGAUCGAGUGCCGGGCGGAGGACUACCCCGAUGUAGCCAUCCAACACGUGGGACAGGUCGUGCAGUGCGACGUCCACUUUGGACUGGUGUGCAAGAACGGGGACCAGACGGGCAAAUUCAAGAUGUGCCUCAACUACAAGAUCCGCGUGCUCUGCUGCACCCCCAACUACAACUGCUCGCUCCCGCUCCCCGUGAUAACAACCAGCCCCACCACCAGCACCAGCACCACGUCGAUCCCGUCCUCCACAACAGUGACCACCUCCACCUCCAUGCCCUACAUCUCCACCACCACGAGUCCCACCUCCACAGAAAUCAGCACUUCCACCAGCACCUCCAUCCCCACGCCGAUGACGUCUACGACGACUUCCUUCACCACCCCCUGUGAGCCCGAAGUGUGCACCUGGAGCGAGUGGUUCGACGUCGACUUCCCCUCCUCGGGGCCCAACCAGGGAGACUUCGAAACCUACCAGCACAUCCGCGCCGCCGGCAAGCAGGUCUGCCGGCAGCCAAAGCAGAUCGAGUGCCGGGCGGAGGACUACCCCGAUGUAGCCAUCCAACACGUGGGACAGGUCGUGCAGUGCGACGUCCACUUUGGACUGGUGUGCAAGAAUGGGGACCAGACGGGCAAAUUCAAGAUGUGCCUCAACUACAAGAUCCGCGUGCUCUGCUGCACCCCCAACUACAACUGCUCACUCCCGCUCCCCGUGAUAACAACCAGCCCCACCACCAGCACCAGCACCACGUCGAUCCCGUCCUCCACAACAGUGACCACCUCCACCUCCACGUCCUACAUCUCCACCACCACGAGUCCCACCUCCACAGAAAUCAGCACUUCCACCAGCACCUCCAUCCCCACGCCGAUGACGUCUACGACGACUUCCUUCACCACCCCCUGUGAGCCCGAAGUGUGCACCUGGAGCGAGUGGUUCGACGUCGACUUCCCCUCCUCGGGGCCCAACCAGGGAGACUUCGAAACCUACCAGCACAUCCGCGCCGCCGGCAAGCAGGUCUGCCGGCAGCCAAAGCAGAUCGAGUGCCGGGCGGAGGACUACCCCGAUGUAGCCAUCCAACACGUGGGACAGGUCGUGCAGUGCGACGUCCACUUUGGACUGGUGUGCAAGAACGGGGACCAGACGGGCAAAUUCAAGAUGUGCCUCAACUACAAGAUCCGCGUGCUCUGCUGCACCCCCAACUACAACUGCUCACUCCCGCUCCCCGUGAUAACAACCAGCCCCACCACCAGCACCAGCACCACGUCGAUCCCGUCCUCCACAACAGUGACCACCUCCACCUCCACGCCCUACAUCUCCACCACCACGAGUCCCACCUCCACAGAAAUCAGCACUUCCACCAGCACCUCCAUCCCCACGCCGAUGACAUCUACGACGACUUCCUUCACCACCCCCUGUGAGCCC